UGCGACCGCGGCGGAGGCUCGGGCGCGCACGCUGCCCGCCGCGGCUCCGGCGGCGGCGCCGUUCCCCGGGCGCGCGGCUCCCCGACGCUCGGCUCGGGCGGCUCCCGGCGCGGCGGCCCCGCGUUCGGGUCCCCCCGGGCCCGCGGCUCCCGUCCCGGGCUGCGGGGCGCGCGGGUGGGCCGCUAGGAGCUAGGCCCCCCGGGGGCAGCGGCGGAGCAUGGCGCGGAGACCCGGCGCGCCGGCUGUCUACGGGGAGGACUUCUCCUUCGUCAGCCCGCUGGUGAAAUACCUGCUCUUCUUCUUCAACAUGCUGUUCUGGGUGAUCUCCAUGGUCAUGGUGGCUGUGGGUGUGUACGCCAGGAUGACGAAGCACGCAGAAGCAGCCUUGGCGUAUCUGGCGGUGGACCCCGCCAUCCUGCUGAUCGUGGUGGGCGUGCUGAUGUUCCUCCUCACCUUCUGUGGCUGCAUCGGAUCCCUGCGGGAGAACAUCUGCCUUCUGCAGACGUUCUCUCUCUGCCUCACCGUCGUGUUCCUGCUGCAGCUGGCCGCUGGCAUCCUGGGCUUCGUCUUCUCAGACAAGGCUCGGGGGAAAGUGAGUGAAAUCAUCAACAAUGCGAUUGUGCAUUAUCGAGAUGACCUGGACCUGCAGAACCUCAUCGACUUUGGCCAGAAGAAGUUCAGCUGCUGUGGAGGGAUCUCCUACAGAGACUGGUCCCAGAACAUGUACUUCAACUGCUCGGAGGAAAACCCGAGCCGCGAGCGCUGCUCGGUGCCUUAUUCCUGCUGCCUGCCCACCCCCAGCCAGGCCGUCAUCAACACCAUGUGUGGCCAGGGUAUGCAGGCUGUUGACUACCUGGAGGCCAGUAAGGUCAUCUAUACCAACGGCUGCAUUGACAAGCUGGUCAACUGGAUCCACAGCAACCUUUUCCUGCUUGGCGGUGUGGCGCUGGGCCUGGCCAUCCCCCAGCUGGUGGGGAUCCUGCUGUCCCAGGUCCUCGUGAAUCAGAUAAAAGAUCAGAUCAAGCUGCAGCUGUACAACCAGCAGCACCGGGCGGACCCGUGGUACUGAGAAGCCUCCCAGUGUCUCCUGACCGCUGCAGAGAGCAGAGGGUGCUGUUCGCAACCCCCAGCCAGGGCCCAGUGGAAAGAAGCCAACUCCAGAGGACAGGGCGCAAGAUGGCUCAGGACUCCCAAGGCUGUGCCUCAUCUCCCCGCCCUCGCAGCGGCAUUGUUCGAGAAUUGUCUUGUCCAGUUUCUAACUCUGAACAUUUGCGCGUUCUCUUGGGCAGAGAGUUGUGGCAGGCAGCCGGGGUACAGAAGGCUGUGGGGACGCCAGCCGCAUGCUUUCCCCAGGCACAACAGACCGCUCUGUUUGCUGAGCGAGGUGGACAUCCUGAGAGGCUGCUGCCAGGGUCCUGGUCUGUGGAGAGGACACUAGCGGCCCUGCCUGGAGCUCGGCUGCGCGAUCCCAGCUCCAGAGGGGCAGGGAGUGAAGCGGGCAGAGGGGAGUGAGCCCGGGGCUUGGACUGACAGCCGGGUACACGUAAGGAGUGGAGGGGGCUUGUUUACCAAAUGCUUGCCUUGCCCUCCUCCCAGGCAGUCAGGGGGAGCGGCCUCCUGUCCCUCCUUCAUUCCCAUGGAAACAUGGCAGCGGGCAAGGGGUACAGAGCAGCCACAUUCCUCCCUACCCUUCCCAAAAUGUUUGGCACCCUCUGCUCUGCGCUGGGCAGAGCUGGAGAAGCCUGCCCUCCCUCCGCAGCGAGCCGCGUUAACUUGGCUGAGGAGAGGUAGCGCCUCCACGCAUGCCCCGCCUCAGCGUUUCCCCGGCGUGGAAUCUGGCAGACGCUUGUUGACCUGGGCCAGCCACCAGUUCUCCACCGGCCCGCCUCCCGGGGAGACCCCCAGCCGCACAGCACCUCCCUGUUCCCGCCCAGGCCCCGGCUACGUCAGGGUCUCGCUCUCGGGGCUGAGAGGAGGAUUCCAGGUCCUGACCCCCAGAAGCAGCGUUGCUGCAUUUCCAACCCCGAGCUUAGUUUGCUUGCUUGCUUGCUUUUUGAUCCCAGCGGGUUGAAACUCACUUAGGACGGGGCGGAGAGCACGCCGCAUCACUGAGGAAGGCCGCGCCCAGCCUCGUCUUUGUCUGGAGGAGCUGGGUGCUGACGCCCAGCCCGCCUUCGGGAGCACCGGGCCAGCCUGGCGGCCUGUGCGGCUCCCUCGGCCCGGGCCGCUCUCCGAGGGCGGGCGGCUCCGCCACGUGGGUGGUCCCUACCCGGGACGAGGAGCCGCCCCCGCAGCCGGGGCCUUGGGCCGGGCUCUCUGACCUGGCCCGGGAGACUUGGGCUUCCUCCGCCGGCCUAUCCGCCUGCGAGGGCAAGAAGAAAUAAAGUCAUCGCGAGUGUAAAAA